CCAUCACAAACUGGAACUACGCUUCUCUGUUUCUUCAUGCUACAAUCAGUGAUAGAUACGUACUCCCUCUUCUUCACGUUGAUCUCAUUCUUCUCUAUCCUUCCACCUAUUCCGAUGUCCGUCGCCGUCAAGAAUCUCUCCGCCGCUUCAUCCUCUUCAUCUCCGGCGAUUCCGGUUAAAGUCAUCCCUCUCCAGCAUCCCGAUUCCACCUCUUCUGAUCCUCGCUGUCACUCAGUUCCCUUCAAUAAUUUCUUCUCCCGAUGGACGGCGAAGAUUAAGCGUAUGACGUUAGUCGACUGGAUUGAUACGAUUUUUCCUUGCUUCCUUUGGAUUCGGACUUACCGUUGGCAACAAUACUUUAAGCUUGAUCUUAUGGCUGGUAUCACCGUCGGUAUCAUGCUUGUUCCUCAGGCAAUGUCGUAUGCAAGGUUAGCUGGGCUUCAACCAAUAUACGGUUUAUACUCCUCAUUUGUGCCGGUAUUUGUGUAUGCUGUGUUCGGUUCAUCCCGUCAGCUAGCAGUUGGACCUGUAGCAUUAGUUUCCCUUCUAGUCUCUAAUGCCUUGAGUGGUAUUGCUGAUCCAUCUGAAGAGUUAUACACUGAGCUUGCCAUUUUGUUGGCUCUUCUCGUUGGAAUAUUUGAAUGCAUCAUGGGGCUCUUGAGGCUUGGAUGGCUUAUUCGUUUCAUAAGCCACUCAGUCAUAUCUGGAUUUACAACUGCUUCAGCUGUUGUGAUUGGGUUAUCCCAACUGAAAUACUUCCUGGGAUAUAGCGUUUCUCGGAGCAGCAAGAUUGUGCCUUUAAUUGAGAGUAUAAUUGCUGGAGCUGAUCAGUUUAAGUGGCCACCUUUCUUGUUGGGAUCCACCAUUCUGGUGAUCCUUUUAGUAAUGAAGCAUGUGGGAAAAGCAAAGAAAGAACUUCAGUUUGUACGAGCAGCAGGACCACUCACAGGGCUUGCUCUUGGUACAACCAUUGCAAAAGUGUUCCAUCCACCUUCCAUCUCGCUGGUGGGAGAUAUACCUCAGGGCCUUCCAGAGUUUUCAUUCCCAAAAAGUUUUGAUCAUGCAAAAUUAUUGCUUCCAACAGCGGCUCUCAUUACUGGUGUUGCCAUCUUGGAAUCUGUAGGCAUUGCGAAAGCACUAGCUGCGAAAAAUAGAUACGAGUUGGAUUCAAAUUCAGAGUUGUUUGGUCUUGGUGUUGCAAAUAUAUUUGGGUCAUUAUUUUCUGCGUAUCCGACUACAGGAUCCUUUUCUAGGUCAGCGGUGAAUAGCGAAAGUGAAGCUAAGACUGGCCUAUCAGGCCUUAUAACAGGAACCAUCAUUGGAUGUUCUCUAUUGUUCUUGACCCCAAUGUUUAAAUAUAUACCACAGUGUGCUUUAGCAGCAAUAGUGAUAUCUGCAGUAAGUGGCUUGGUGGACUAUGAAGGGGCAAUCUUUCUGUGGCGUGUGGACAAGAGAGAUUUUACUCUCUGGACCAUCACUAGCACCACCACUUUGUUCUUUGGAAUAGAGAUAGGGGUCCUCAUUGGUGUGAGUUGGUUUUUCACUUGCAUUUGUUAUCCACGAGUCUGCAAACCCCCAUAUCGCUGUCUUGGGGCGUCUUCAAGGGACCACUAUAUACAGAAACAUAAAGCAGUAUCCGGAGGCAUACACUUACAACGGGAUUGUGAUUGUUCGAAUCGAUGCUCCCAUAUAUUUUGCAAACAUAAGCUACAUCAAGGACAGGCUACGAGAAUAUGAAGUAGCUA